UGUAAGUUUCGAAAAAACUAAUACUUGAAACUUAAAUAAACUUUACAAAAUUCUAACUAUAUAAUAACAAACACAGCAGCAUUCUCCUUCUCCUCCUGCAAUACUUCAAUCCUACUAAUAACUCGAGACAGUAUGGAAGGAGGAGAAUGGAGCAACUUCAAUGCUGCUGUGUGUGUCAACGAAGAGGCCGAUUUUAUGGCUCAAUUGUUUCCUAAUCCUAACGACGUAAAUCUCAAUUACAGCCAUCAUCAUCAUUACCACAUUAUUGCUAAUAAUACUAACAAUAACAAUAAUAAUAAUAACAAUGCAGAAGGUGGUUCAUCUUAUUAUUCUUCUGAUUCCACCUCUAACUCUCAAAAUUUGUACCGUUAUUCACAAGAGAGUAGUUAUAAUAGGAGCAGUCAUGAUCAUGAGGUUCAUUAUCACAAUUAUUUUGGUGAUAAUAAUAAUAAUAAUCAUCAUCAUCAACAAUUAGCAGCCGCGGCUAGUAAUGCAUCAUCCCUGCCUAUUGAUUUCCUCCAGUGUCAUAUGGAUGAUCAGGACAAUGGCGCGAUCAAUAAUGCAGACGUCGAUGAAGAUCAGUCUCAGUUGGAUCCUGCUGCUGAGGAUAAAAUUUGUGAUUCCUCUUACAAUUCUAAGAAAAGAGGCAGAGUUUUAGAGGGUGUUCAAAAGGGAAAGAGGAGUGUAAGGGUGAAAAGAAGCCAGAGUCUAUCAGCCUUAGGCGGCGAUGAUGAUGAGAAGGAAAACGAUGGAAUAGCAGUGAAUAGACAGAGCUCAAGCAGCGGUAGUUUAGAAGAUGAUUGCAGCUCUAAGGGGACUACAACGACGACAACGACAACGACGACUACUGUUCUUAAUUCUAAUGGUAAAACAAGAGCCAGCAGAGGGUCUGCUACUGAUCCUCAAAGUCUAUAUGCAAGGAAAAGGAGAGAAAGAAUUAAUGAGAGAUUGAAAAUCUUGCAAAGCCUUGUGCCCAAUGGAACUAAGGUUGAUAUCAGCACCAUGCUUGAGGAAGCUGUGCAGUAUGUCAAGUUCUUACAACUUCAAAUCAAGCUACUAAGCUCUGAUGAGCAUUGGAUGUAUGCACCAAUUGCUUACAAUGGAAUGAACAUCGGGCUCGAUUUCCAGUUUAAAUAACCUUCCUAGAUGAUUUAAUUAAAAUCGCGACAAAAUGUUCCCUUGCAAAUUUUGUUCAUGAUAUACGAAGUAUACAAUCUCACAUGUAAUUAGUAAACCUUUAUACUCCUAUACAAAGUUUUCUUCCCAUUCUGUUGGGUAGGGAAACAUAACAAAUCUCAUAAUUUGUUUCAUUCAUUCUUGUAAUCCUUUGUUUUAUU